GUCGCGUGUAGGUCACGUCGGACUGCGCUCCGCUCUCGCGACCCAAGCGUUACGAAGCUCACCUGGCCAACCUGUGUGGUAUAUUUUUAUAUAUUUAGCACCUGUAGACCUCGCUCGUUUAAUGACACCUGUCACCUGGACAAAUGUGACACGAUUCUCCUCUUGUUUUUCCCCAAGUGUAUGAUGAAUGCUUGUAAAGACUGAGGAAAAUACUCUGGUCAUUUACAGAAAUAUAUAUGAGCAAGAACUCCUAUCAGACUUAAAUUUUCAAACGUGAAUUUUUUAUGAAAAUCAGUAUAAUUUUUUUUCCAGAAACAUGAAUAUGGAAUUAGAGUAUUCAUGGAAAAUUUUAGUUGAAAUGAAAAACAAAUAAAAGAUUCCUUAAUUUUGCAACUUUUGAAGUUUGUCGAUCUAUUCGCUUUAAAUGACAAAACAAAGUGGUUGAAAUGAGAGAGGUUCAAGUGGGCGACAUUCUUCAAUAAAGGAAUAGGAUUUCGGUCUUAAGAUAAGGCAACGAAGUGUGACCAGCCGACUCAAGGUGCUACUCACAUCAAACCCUAUUAGGAUUUAGUCACUCCGAAGGUUCUCAUCCCCAGUGUGACCCAUAGACUGUGGUGUUUAGAACCUCAGGAAACUUAGUGUAUGUUUCAGUAAUGAUUGAUAAUUCUUUUUCUUUUAUCCGUGCCUAGUACUGGCAUGCUUAUAUAAACUCCCGUGUCUGCGAUUACAGUGUAUGAGUACUUAUGGAAAAUUGGAAAUCAUCGACUUGAAUGAGUGACUGAGUGAGCAUGGCAACGACUGGAGGUAAACUCCACAGUAAAUGAAAAAACGGGGCCAUUUUCACGACUUUUGAGGAGUAAGUCGUCGGAAGUCGUCAGAAGUCUUCGAAGUGAAAUCUUGUGCGAAGAUGAGAAGGCCCGAAGAAACGGCGAGGGGAAGAGAGAGAACAAUGGCUUCGAGCGAGUGGAUCAGCAGCAGUCUUUUCACGCCUCAUUUCGCCCAUCACCGCGCGCCUGGAAUAUUUGUCUUCUGAGUUCCUCGCUGCUGCAAUGAGCUGAAAGGAAAAGAUGAAGAAGAGAUCAUGAGAUUCGCGAGGGAUGAUUCUGCCGUUAGCUUUGCUGCCGAGACUGCCGCCACCACCAGUACCGCUGCUGCUACGACUAAUACUAUUACCACGGUGCUUUUUCUCCCACGCCAAAGUGUAAACACGUCGUUCUCCUGACGAACACAUCGGUGACCAAAAAUUUCUUUUCAAAACAUCAGCUUUUAUUCUCCUUUUGCUUCGGCUGUCCGCUGUUUGGUGUUCUUGAUGGAAGACACGAGACGUAAGAAAUAAAGUGAACUGACUUGAAAAGCUUUUAUUCAGCUUGGGAUAUUUAAUAGUUCGAAACAGAACCUAAUGAAUUCUAUUGUUUGUGAAGAAUGACUGAAAAUUACCAGGUAAAGCUGUUCUGUGUAAGCACCCCUUUUAGCAAAAUCAAAACGUGAAGAAAGUAAUGCAUGAUAAUCAAAAACCAAGUACGAUAGUUCAAAGAUAAUGGUACCAUGAACAGUAGAAGGAUUACUUAAGAGACCAACACAAACACUGUAUAAUUCUUUACUUUGAUAGUGUGUUUCCAAGUGCAGUAAAUGACUAUUAAAACCACCUAGUGUUGACAGCUUUUAUGUUUGUGGAGAGCCUUUUGCUUCUUAUUCAGAAGAAACUAAGCCUCCAUAGACUGCCUUUCGUUGAUUUUAGAAGCCAUCCAUCAACAUUCCCCGCAAGAAAGAUGGCGCUGCCCAUGACGCUGCAUGAGGAUCAUCAAGUUCUUGGCGAAGACUAUUGUUCGGGAUACAUCGACACCUUCGGGAAAUGGAGCAAUGGAUUCCCGUGUCCCAGCAUCGAAACAGAGGAACGCGUCUAUUGCUGCGGGACGGACAACUUCAAAUACUGCUGUACUAAGAGGGACAUGCAUGCGCUCACCCAGGACAUCCCUCAGUUGCCUCUGAUCCUGGGAGUGGUCUUCGGAGUUGCCGUUGCCGUCAUCGUCGUAGUUGUGGUGUCGUGUUUUCACUGCUCUUGCUGCCUCCUCUACAAGAAACGACAGCCCUCGAAUGGAGGACCAAUCUACCAGAUGCACUGCUCUUCAACAGCCUCGGGUGUGGCCAAUAUGUACAGCUUCUCUGCGACCACCACGCCCUCCGAGACGCCCAGGUCACUCUCCAGAAUGUCCGGAUCCUUUGACGAGACUUCGGCUUCGUUGUCCGACUACAGCGUGAGGUCUUUCGCAUCACACGCUACUGUCGAGUCAGGAUCGAAUACCAGCAAUCAUUUCGACCACCGGACUUUGAUCGAAUCGGACGAUCCUCGGCCAAUCGUCCAGUCGUUCGCUAAUGACCGGAGGCACGGCAACCACAGACCAGGUUCAGUCAACAUGAGUGAUAGAUCAAGUAGCAUCAGCGACGGUGGUCCUACGGAACUCCCUCCUCCAUACGCGGCUCCUCACUCGACCCUGGUGGCCGUUAGGACCAGCUCCGCCUACGCCCUCAUGCCCACGCCCCGCCCGCCAUCUCCAACUUACGGUAACCAUAACAGCCCUUACGUCAUAAGUGGUGGUGACAGUGGCUACAGCACUGGGCCUUUGGCAACUUUUCCAAACACGUUCAUGUCUCCAGCGUCCCCGGCUCGCCCGCCGCCCGUGAGACUGCCGCCCUCUCUGCCACAUACCUUCGCCCCGGCUUUGACGCCCACCACCCGCCCGUGCAGCACAGCCCACAUUAUCCACACCCACCAACAGCCACUCGAAGAACUUCUCUACACGGCAACCAAGUUUUGAGGGUCCAGCCUCUAAAUGGGAUGUGAUUCUUCAAAAGCCCUUGUGUCUCUUUCCCGACAUGAAAGGGUUCCAGAACAUCCUGUACUAAGUUCUCUGAACCUACCAGGAUUCUUCAGCACCCCAGGGUUUUUUCCGGAAUGGCAGGGUUUCUGGAACACCCUAGGGGCUCAACAUCAUCUUUUGGAUUUUCUGCAGCCCUGGGUUUGCCAACAUCAAGUGGGUUCUUCAACAUCCCAGCGUAGUAAGUCAAAAGGCAUCGACUUCGAAAUUCUCGAGUCUGAAUAAAGAUGUGGCCGACCAAAAAAAAAUCUCAAAUUCCUGCAACUUAUCCUUGGAAUUUCAAAAAAGAAUUGGAAAAUCCGGAGGGGAAACUUGGGUGGACAACACCUUCGGAUAUCCAAACUUGGACGAAUAAAAUAAAACUUUAAUAAAGUUCAUGGAAACUUACUUCGCAAACAAAGUUAAGAGGUUUUUGCGAAGGUUUGAGUUUUCAAGUUAACAGUGUGUAGUGGAAAGAGCGUAGAAUCUUCCGAUAGUGUUUUUUUCUUUUCUUUUCUUUACAAGUAAACAAUAUAAAAAGGGUGAUCUCAGGUUAUAGUAAUUUUCUUAUAUAUUUAAUAAUCUAAAGCGAGGAGGAAGGUGUUUUUUUUUCCAGAACAGGAUAAUUAUAUUUUUUUCUGUUGUACUAAAGCAAUUUUCCACAGUAUUGUGUGACAGGAAAAGUAAAAUUGUAGAACUUUAAUAGAGAACUUAAAAGCGAGUCUCCAGUGGCGUAUUUUUGCUUAUACUUAGUUUUAAUGACUGUGUUUUGCUCGUAUUUUUAAUGAUAAAUAAAGUGUCAGGAAACGGUUUUGAAUGAGAGUAACGUAGCUUUUUCACCGAGCCUGUAUAUUGUUGCGUCACACAUCCAUUAACUAUGUAUUGGUAUCCAAAGUGUAACCAGAGAGGUAUAUUUUUCAACGGGCCGUCCAGAACUUAAUAGUGUAGAUCAGCGCCCUCUGUACUUCUUGUGCAAGUAUGCGUCGUUCUAUCUAGCAACUUCUUGAGCAAGUAGUACUUCGAUUCUUGACGCUCCUUGCGGCAGGCGAGGUGCCCGUUUUCUUUACCAUCGACGAAACUGGCAGAUUCCGUUUUCUUUCUCAUGCUCGUAAAGAAAUGUAACUGUCUAACUACUGCAUUUCCCAUCGCUUCCAUUGUACUAUCUGCAAUGUAACUUCUAUAGAGGCUUCUGUUCUUUAGAUUUUUAGAGGUGUCACUUAUAGAGUGAAUGUAUUUUUCUUGUUGUUAUCAAAGUUGGAGCUAUAGAAUUUUAUAUAAAACAGGAAAAUGAAGAUAUAAGAUUUUUUUUUGAUAGUAUAGAAAACAACUAUCUAAGCCAUAGUCGAUUUGAUACUACAGUAUUUAUAAUAUUUUAGGAAAACGAAACUUCCAUGCUGUGAUCAAGCAAUCUGACGAGUUUUGCAGAGAGAUUAACAUUUAUCAACAUUUCAGUAGAAGUCUGUAUUGGCCAUUGUACUGAUCUAUUAUUGUAAAGGGUGUCAGUCCCUAAGCUUCCACGAGUUUAAAGGUAACUCUUCUAAGGAUUCAGAAUUUCCCUUUUUGUGAGUUCAAGUGUCAUGAACCCUUCUUGAACCAGUUUUACAAUGCCUUUUGUAUGUAAUUACUAUGUACUAUUGUCUGUAGACUAUCUUUUAUGCUGUCUUUUCAUUACGUAAUUCAGCAUGACUGACUAUUGAUGUCCAUUACUUGCUCUGUUCGAUUUGCAUUCUCCACCAGAGUGAAAACUAUCUUGAAAAUGUAUCUUCAACAUUAUUUUGUACGUAAAGUAAUCACUGUUUACCAUUUUUAUGAUAACUUUCCAUUCCCCACCUUAGUGAAACUGGCUGUCAAAGUUCCGGUUAUAUUUCGAAAAUGAGUACAGCGGCUACAGCCUUCAUCACUUGACUUGACAGCCCUAAAUGGUUAAACAGGGUUAUUUAUAUUCCAUUUGCAAAAUUACAGAAUAUAUUUGCUACUUGAUUUCAUUGCAACAACUUUUUAUUUUCUUUUUAAUUCCCGAACUUUGAAAGCUGUACUAUAAUAAAGCCCCGAUCUAGAGCCACUGAACUGUUGUAGAGCUACAAUCUGAUAUUUAACAUACAUUUACGGGUAAAAUCAAAUUUGAUGUAGCUCUCACGCGGGGUCAGUGUGCUCAUAUUUGCAGGUACUUCCAACUUCGUAUAUACGCAGAUAUAAUGUAGAUUUUUUUUUUAACCUGACAGUAUCUGCAGCUUCCAUCCUUCCUCGUGGAAUUUCUAAAGAUCUUGAAAGAGAAUUCUGUCUGUGCUGGUCGUGAUUCAUGAUGGCAUUUUCUUUGGUUUUUCAUGUUUACUUUUCAAAAAUAGAUUAUUUAUUGAUUUCUAAGUUGAUUUGGUAAUGCAAAAUGGCGUCACAGUUAGCGAGGUCAUCGGCGUCAUUAUUCUCACAAUAUUUUAGGCUGCUAAUCCUGUGUGUCUGAUUAAAUUUGAUACAUGGUUACUGUUUGCAGUCAAUUUUCCCUUAACAACUUUAAUUGGUAUUAAUUUCAUGUCUGCUCUUAAUUUGAUUCUCUCACAUGCAAACGCAAAAACAAUUACGAACGCACAAAAAGCUAUCAAACUCAACGUUUGGUAUUACUUGUAAACCUACGAUUUGUCAGGAACAAAAAGUGCGGCUUGUUAUUCAGGUGUACAUUCAGUGCUGGAAUACCUUUGUCAACGCAAAAACCAAAUUACGAAUCAGCAUCAGAAUCCGCACAUAUUUACGAAAUCUAAUAAUCUAGAGUCCAGUGGUUCUAAACCAGGCGGGAAUUCCCUCCGUUAGGGGGAAUUUCUGGGUUUCAUGGGGGCGGAAUUGUGACCACAGAUUGGCAGGCUCAAACUGGCUCUAGGGCCGCAUUACUGAGAGGUCCUGUUGGGCUUUCUCUCCGAUAGCUUGUGUGAUAUGUUAACAUAUUGUUACAUAUUAUUUGGAAUGCACCUUUUGAGGCACACAAUUUUGGAAAGGGUUUUUUUUGGGGGGGAAUGACAUCCUGACUUAUGGCGAAAGGGUGCAUGGUCCAAAAAAGCUUCUGAACCAAAGAUAUUGACCUUAGCUAAUACCCCAAACCUACAUAAAAUGUCACCGAAACCAUAAAUAGACGACUAAGUUUUAAUAAACCCUUCCUAGGCCCUUGCCCGCCCAUCUAAAAAAAAAAUUCAUUGGAAUAUUUCGAUAUUUUUUUUUAAAUGAAUGUUUAAAAAAAAACAUAGGUGAAAUACUUUUCUCCAAUUUCGCAGGCUAGAGAUUUAAAGCUGUUCACUAUUGAAGCAAGUGGAUGACAGACCAAAUUCCCUUCCUUUUACCAUAUAAGGGAAAGACAGCCUUAAGCAAGUCGAGACUCAAAGGAGGGAAGAGGCUUCUAAUUGAAGGAGCUGGGAGGGAAAAGUAAGACGAGCAGCGGCCUUCUUUACAGCCAAAGGAACAGCAUUUACAGCAGAAAGAACAGCUGCAAGUCUUUUUCAUGUUCGUAUCCCGAAGGGUCCAUUAAGUAAUUAAGGUGGUUUUCAAAAGAUCAUAACUUUACAGAACUCUCUUUCUCUCUUCCGAGCCAGAUUAUGAAGAAGCCCGAGAAGGUACCCAACUCUCUCUCUCUCUCUCUCUCUCUCUCUCUCUCUCUCUCUCUCUCUCUCUCUCUCUCUCUCUUUUCCUUGAUAAGCCAACUUACGAAGAUAGAUAGAUUACGCAGGUAACAAAAGUUUCCCAUAAGGAUCCAGAAUAUUUCUCUCUCUUUCUCUCCCUUCUUUUUAAAUAAUCUCGUAUUCUGAAUUUUUCUGCACAGUAAGAGAAAGUUAUAAAAAAUUGAGUUCGAGUAUUUACCCGGAGAGCUUUGUCCCGUUUACGACGUGUUACCUUAACUCUUUCCGGCCUCAUUGUAAUCCGCUAUUUCUUGCACCAAACCGCCAAGGAUCGUUGCAAGUUCCAUAACGCUUAGUUUUUGCAAACCAGUGGCGUCAACCAUUAGUAUCCGCUCAAUGUUAUCCUCGGCAUGGGUCUAUCAUCCUGAAUAAUCUGUUUACGAACAAAUAUGUAUAAGAAGGUAUUUGAAUGCAUGGAACUUGGGUCAGAGAUCCAGUUUUGGGGGAUAACCGUAGGGAACAGCGUGCCACACGCGAGUUGGCCUCUCGAGAAGUGAAACUAAGUAGCACUGGAUCCGGUUAGUAACUGGAUGGUUACCACCAAAGAGUCCCCAUCCCUGUACCUGAUUCAUUCCAGUAAAAACCUGGCACAGACUUGGGUAUCUGGUGUAAGAUGCUACGGUAACAAUGAAGACCGAGAAAAACGAGUGAACGAGGCGAAAGACUGAAGAUUCUGGGGAUUAAUUUCAAGUAUCUGAACAGAACCUUUAAUUCUGCACUUGGCGCCGGUUGAUUGUGAAUUAUCUGGCGUUACAACCCCAACGGUUUCUUCGGCAGGAUGUAAGGGUAAACGAAAUCCGCCUUUGAAAUGCUGGCUUUAGCAUGAAAAAGGAGGCCUGCAAUGGUCUCAAGAUUAACACAGCUGCCAACUUGAAACCCUAACUUAAAUUUGGUAUUGGUUGAACUGCCUGCUCUUUGGACUUUGUCAGUCCUGUUAGAGAUGUCCACCAAUGGCGACCAGGAUUUAUAGAGUACAUUAAUCCUAGCGACACCGAUGUUCUCUCGAUAGUGAAAGGUGAUCCCAUGUAAGGUCAGUAUUUGAAAGUUCAACACCAAAGAAAUCGAGAUGUCCUUGACGCGUAAACCUUACGUGACUGUGGUGUUUAGGGCGAUGAGUCUCGAUGACAUCCAAGAAGUCAAAGAAGUGAAUGGGGUGGAGGGGGGGGGGAAUCAAGAAAUAUAGCAAAGGCAUUUGUACUUCAGUGCUUAUGUCAAAAAUGACACUCUCUCUCUCUCUCUCUCUCUCUCUCUCUCUCUCUCUCUCUCUCUCUCUCUCUCUCUC